AUGGCCCGCUCCCGUGCAGCUCCUCGUGCCAGCGGUGGCAGCAGCCACCACGCCGCCGCCCCACCGCCGCCGAAGAAGGCGGAGCCGCUGCACCAGUCGACACCGCACGCGCACCCGCAGCAGCCGAACGGCGUCACGAACAUCUACGUUCAGCGUCCGAUGGCCGGCGGUGGCGGUAGCGGCAUCCUCGGCACGAUGGCGGCCGUCGCCGGUGGCAGCGUGCUGGGCCACGGCAUCAGCAACUACCUCUACGGCCACGGCAACCAGGCGCCGACGCAGCCGGCAGAGGCGCAGCAGCUGGCGCAGGCCGCGCAGCAGGAGGGGCACGUCUGCACGUCGCAACUUGUGGGCUACUCCAAGUGCCUUGAGGCGAACCCCGAGUCCGCCGACAGCUGCAGGUGGGCGUGGGACUACUUCACGCAGUGCCAGAGAGAGCACCCGAUGCAGCCUCCACAGUAG